AUGUACCGCCCUGCGGAGUGGGAUCGCCAUGAUGAGAUCAUUAUGGCCUGGCCAUCGAUUGAGAACGACGCCUACGCGGACAAAUGUGGCAGUCGUGAUCUAGCAGAUGUCACGCGUGAUAUUUCAACCAUUGCUGAGGCAGUCGCUGAAUUCGAGCAAGUCACUCUGUUGGUCACCCCGGACCGCCUCCAGGAGGCAAAGAAACGGUUCAAGCAUGAUGCAGAUGGCAUCUUCAUCCAGCCCGUACAUGAUUACCCCAAACUUGAUCUUUGGAUGCGUGACCUGGCGCCGACUUUCGUUUUUGAUGGAUGUCACCUGGCUGGAGUUGAUUACAAUUUCAAUGGCUGGGGUAACAAGUUCCCCGUCAAUGCCUCCCAAUCCCUUGCGUCCCAGAUCGACGACAACAUGAAUCUCACUCGAAUUUCUACCUGGCUGGUGACGGAGGGCGGCUCACUUGAGACCGAUGGAGAAGGUACUCUUCUGAUCACCGACAGCUCAAUCAUCAACGAGAAUCGCAACCCAGGAAAGACCCGGCAACAAAUUGAGGGUGAGAUACAUCGAACACUUGGUGUCACUAAGAUUAUCUGGCUUCCGGGUGUCAAGGGUGGUGAUAUCACAGAUGGCCAUGUUGAUGGACUUGCGCGUUUCGUUGCACCAGGAAAGGUUGUCAUCAGCAGACCGAACACUCUUGAUGACAGCAAUUUCUCCAAAGUCUUUUCGGACGCCCGUUCCAUUCUCGCUAAUGUGACGGACGCUCGUGGCCGCCGGCUCGAGGUUAUCGAAAUGAUCGAGGCCGACUUGUAUUCGCUUGGAUUGGACCGAGGAACUCUUAAGGACAUCGAAAAUGAAAAGGAGGAUUAUCCUUCAUUGAGUUAUGUCAACUGGCUACUUGUGAAUGGUGGAGUUAUCUUCCCCCAGUUUGGAGACAAGAAAGCCGACGCCGCAGCGCUUAACACGAUCUGUGGGUUGUACAAGGAUCGUCGGGUGAAGACUGUGCGCCUUGAUGAGCUACCAUUCUUGGGUGGAGGUAUACACUGUUCCGCCCAGGAGGUUCCAGCAUAA